AUGGCUUCAAUAACCAGUAAGUUGUAUUUUCAUAUUAUUAAAAGAAAUAAUGACGAAUUUGAAUUAGCGGGCAUAUCGGAAAAUGAAGAAACAUGGUAUGUCUUACCUGAAGAGAUGAAAGAUUUAAGUUUGCACGAAGCUCUAUCUACGAAGCGAGCAAUAAUAAAUACAAUUAAUUAUAUCAAACCUAUCAACGGUUAUCGCAAAAUUUGCAUCAAACUCGAUGAUGAAUUGAGAAAAGAUUAUUACGACGAAGACGAAAAUCUAUGUUUUUUAGAUAAUAUGUUAGAAGAAAAAAUUAUUGAUAAUAAACAUAGAAAUGAACCAGAUGACAAUUUUUUAAAUGAACAAAUUAAGGAAUUAGAAGCUAAGCUAAGUCUGAAUGAUAACUUUAAGCUGCAAGACGUUGAAAAAAAAUUUAUUCUGGAAAAAUUCAACAAAAAGCAAAACCCUACUGAAUGGAUAGAGAAAUUUGAAAAUGAAUGUAGAAGGCAUAAAAUACUGAAUCCUACUAAUGUCAUAGAAGCAUUACGCUUUUUUUUAUCUGGGUCACCGGAAGAUUGGUACGAAUCAAAUUUAAAAAAGAUCGGCUUAACUAAUUGGUGGUUCUUUAAUAGACUAUGUCUUAGCGAAGGAAAACCUAUGUUUGAAAUUGAAAUGUCGAGAAUAAACAUGAUCGUUAUGGGCCUUCCUGUAGAAAUACAAAACCAGCUUGAUAAAGAAGAAAUAACGACCAUUGAGAAACUGUUCAAAGAACUAACAAAAAUUGAUGAAAAUGUUUCUAACAUCAAGCCAAAAUAUGACAAUAAAUUUUUAAGUAAUGAAAUAUCAUACAAUACGGACGUCAAGACAAAGCAACUUUAUCAACACAAACAGAGAUAUGAAAAUGUAGACAAAGAAAUUUCGGUACCAAAAUACAAAGUAGAAGCAAAGACACAUAACACUCUAAAUAAACAAAAUCAAAGACAUGAAAAUAACGCUCUAAAUAAAGAAAAUUUUGUUAGACCAAAUUUUAAGAAGAAUAUUAAUACCACAGCAAAUAAACCAUGUUUUAUGUGUGAAGAAUUGGGCUGGAAAAAUCGAUAUCAUCCAACAAAUGAAUGUAGAAAUAAGACUCUUUACUCAUCAAAAAGAUAA